GUUUUUAGAAUCUUUGUCUUUCUAAAUCUUUGACAACUGUUUGACUUUCUAGAAAUAGCAAGAAUUGCCAUCAUGGAUUAUUCAGGUGGAAGAUUCAACAAUUCUACUUCAAUAUCCCAAAGCCAUGGACAUUCUUUUGAUAAUUCUUAUAGUAACAUUGAUUCAAAUGACAACAAACAUGAAGAACUGAAUUGGGGUUUGUUUAAUUAUUUCAAUAAUGAUAUUGAAAGUCCAAAACAGUUACAGGAUUCUACUUCAAUACUCCCAGGCAAUUCUAAUAUUAUGUCACCUCCAGGGAGUUAUUAUGGUUUAGAAUAUUUCAAGAUGGAAGAUACAAAUAUAUCGGAUUUCAUAUUCCAGUCUCAAACAAGGCCUAUGAGUACUUCUUCUAUCUCUGGAAUCAAGAUGGAAGAAUCUAUGCAAAGUGAAGUUCUGCAUUGGAAUGUCGAAAGUCGAUCCAGAGAAAUUGAUUUCUCAAGGGAAAUCAGCAAAAUGGAACCAGAAUUGGUACCUCCUCAAAACUAUGGCAAUUUUGACCCAAUUCAAGUUAACAAGGAACAAGGUAAAUUCAAAGAUGGGUAUAACUGGAGAAAAUAUGGUCAAAAACAAGUCAAAGGAAGCAAGAAACCUCGAAGUUACUAUAAAUGUAGUUAUCCUAAUUGCCCAACGAAGAAGAAAGUCGAGAAGGAUUUUAAUGGAUAUGUCACCGAGAUUAUUUACAAAGGAAAACAUAAUCACCCAAUGCCCCAAAACAUGAGGAAAUCUUCGUUAGACACGUUAUUGGACUAUCCAGUUGAGACAAAUAGUUCUGCAGCUUCCUUUGGGCAGGACGAGUGUGAUCAAGACUCUUCCUUUGGCAAAUCAGGCAACGAAUGUGAAUACGAACCCAAGGCUAAGAAAUGUAAAACAGAUGAGGCCGAGAAUGAAGCAAUGUCGUCCCUUGGGAGUAAAAGUAAUCAUGAACCGAGGGUAGUUAUUGAGACAAAAAGCGAGAUUGAUGUUCUUGAUGAUGGAUAUAAAUGGAGGAAAUACGGGCAAAAAGUAGUUAAAGGGAAUCCGAAUCCAAGGAGCUACUAUAAAUGCACGAACAUAGGGUGUCCUGUCCGAAAACUUGUGGAACGAGCCUCACAUGACUUACACGCUGUGAUUACAACCUACGAAGGCAAACACAACCAUGGUAUUCCUAUACCACGGGGCGGUAUAAUUUACACCAAAAACCAGCCAUCUACGUUUAACACCACGAUGACUAGCAACAAUUACGGAUCCAUGAAUUUGCCAAACUACUCGAACAACAUUCAAAUGAAAGGAAUGUCGACUAAUGUCGAUGGCCAAAGGACUCAUAGUAUUGAAACGUUUGAGCAAUCUAAACAUGAUGGUUUUAUGGAAAUUUCGAACCAGAAUUUGGAUUGGAAGAAUGAGGAAUUCUUAUUAACAACUAAGAAAGAAACAGAAAAUGACUUUUUUUUCAAUUCAUAUCUAGACUAAACUAUGA